GCUGUGGAGGGGCCGGGGGGCGGAAUCCCCGGCGGGUGGGCUCGGUGCGUGCCGAGCUCCGGCAGCCGCACGCGGGCGGCCGCCUUCCGACAGAGGCCGGCGGAGAGGCCGCGAGGCGGGCAAAGGCUAGUGGAGUCGGGAUGGAGGGCGGCGGUGUUCGUGACCCGGAGCUGCGUGAGGAGAGGACACUGGCGCUGGUCAGCGGGAGGACAGCCGGGAACCAACAGUAGCUCUCACUUGAAGAACUGCUUUUCCGGUUUGCUGCCUGGAGUUAACAUUGUUUCUUGCUGACAGGAUCAGGGCCAUGCCAGCACUAACGGGAUGAGUGGGCACUCCAUUGGGGAUGUGGUCAUUGAUGGCCAAUGAAGGCGAGAGCACCACGGCCCAUUUCUUCCUUGGAUCUGGAGAUGAGGGGCUGGGCACCCGCCGAGUAGGCAUGAGGCCAGAAGAGAGCGUCAGUGAGCUCCUUGAGGAUGAGGAGGAUGAAGUGCCUCCUGAACCUCAGAUCAUCGUCGGCAUCUGUGCCAUGACCAAGAAAUCCAAGUCCAAGCCCAUGACCCAAAUCCUGGAGCGACUCUGCCGAUUUGACUACCUGACAGUUAUCAUCCUGGGAGAAGACGUGAUUCUCAAUGAACCUGUGGAAAACUGGCCAUCCUGCCACUGCCUCAUCUCUUUCCACUCCAAAGGCUUUCCUCUGGACAAAGCUGUUGCUUACUCCAAGCUCCGAAACCCCUUUCUUAUCAAUGAUUUGGCCAUGCAGUAUUACAUCCAAGAUAGGAGGGAGGUGUACCGGAUCCUGCAAGAGGAGGGUAUUGAUCUGCCUCGCUAUGCUGUGCUCAACCGUGACCCCGCCCAUCCUGAGGAGUGCAACCUGAUAGAAGGUGAAGACCAAGUAGAGGUCAACGGAGCUGUCUUUCCCAAGCCCUUUGUGGAGAAGCCAGUGAGCGCAGAGGACCACAAUGUUUACAUCUACUACCCCAGCUCAGCUGGAGGAGGAAGCCAGCGGCUCUUCCGUAAGAUUGGCAGCCGAAGCAGUGUCUAUUCUCCUGAAAGCAGCGUCCGGAAGACAGGGUCAUACAUUUAUGAGGAGUUCAUGCCGACAGAUGGCACAGAUGUCAAGGUGUAUACCGUGGGGCCUGACUAUGCCCAUGCUGAAGCUAGGAAAUCUCCAGCUUUGGAUGGGAAGGUUGAACGAGACAGUGAGGGGAAGGAGAUUCGAUACCCAGUCAUGCUGACUGCCAUGGAAAAGCUGGUGGCCAGGAAGGUCUGUGUAGCUUUUAAGCAAACAGUUUGUGGAUUUGAUCUUCUUCGUGCUAAUGGUCACUCCUUUGUGUGUGAUGUCAAUGGCUUCAGUUUCGUCAAGAACUCAAUGAAAUACUAUGAUGACUGUGCCAAGAUUUUAGGGAACACCAUAAUGCGGGAGCUUGCCCCACAGUUUCAGAUCCCAUGGUCCAUCCCCACAGAGGCCGAGGACAUUCCCAUUGUCCCUACCACAUCUGGCACUAUGAUGGAACUCCGUUGUGUUAUUGCAAUUAUCCGUCACGGGGAUCGUACUCCCAAGCAGAAGAUGAAGAUGGAGGUGACACACCCAAGGUUUUUCACUCUGUUCGAAAAACAUGGUGGAUACAAGACAGGGAAAUUAAAACUCAAGAGACCCGAGCAGCUUCAGGAGGUGCUGGACAUCACAAGGCUGCUGUUGGCUGAACUGGAGAAAGAACCAGGUGGUGAGAUCGAGGAGAAGACUGGGAAACUAGAACAGCUGAAGUCUGUGUUGGAGAUGUAUGGUCACUUCUCAGGUAUCAACAGGAAGGUGCAGCUGACGUAUUACCCACAUGGAGUAAAAGCUUCUAAUGAGGGGCAAGAUCCACAGGAGGCGGCUCUGGCCCCGUCUUUACUGCUGGUAUUGAAGUGGGGUGGAGAACUGACCCCUGAUGGCCGUGUGCAGGCUGAGGAGCUGGGGCGAGCUUUUCGCUGCAUGUACCCUGGAGGACAGGGUGACUAUGCUGGCUUCCCUGGCUGUGGGCUACUUCGUCUCCACAGUACAUUCCGCCAUGACCUCAAGAUCUAUGCCUCCGAUGAAGGCCGUGUCCAGAUGACCGCUGCUGCCUUUGCCAAGGGUCUUUUAGCUCUGGAAGGGGAGCUGACUCCCAUUUUGGUGCAAAUGGUGAAGAGUGCCAACAUGAAUGGACUCCUGGACAGCGACGGCGAUUCCCUGAGCAGCUGCCAGCACCGGGUGAAAGCUCGGCUGCAUCAUAUUUUGCAGCAGGACACAACCUUUGGCCCUGAGGACUAUGAUCAGCUGGCUCCUACUGGAAGCACUUCCCUGCUCAACUCCAUGGCUGUUAUCCAAAAUCCUGUGAAGGUCUGUGAUCAGGUGUUUGCCCUGAUUGAAAAUCUCACUCACCAGAUCCGGGAACGGAUGCAGGACCCCAAGUCUGCAGACCUACAGCUCUACCACAGCGAGACACUAGAGCUUAUGCUACAGCGCUGGAGCAAGCUGGAGCGUGACUUUCGACAGAAGAGUGGGCGCUAUGAUAUCAGUAAGAUCCCUGACAUCUAUGACUGUGUCAAGUAUGACGUGCAGCACAAUGGGAGCCUGGGACUUCAAGGCACAGCAGAGUUACUACGUCUCUCUAAGGCGUUGGCCGAUGUGGUCAUCCCCCAGGAGUACGGGAUCAGUCGGGAGGAGAAACUGGAAAUUGCCGUGGGCUUCUGUCUUCCUCUGUUGCGGAAGAUACUACUUGACCUGCAGAGAACCCACGAGGAUGAGUCUGUCAACAAGCUGCAUCCCCUGUACUCCCGAGGAGUGCUCUCCCCAGGCCGCCACGUGCGCACACGUCUCUAUUUCACCAGUGAGAGCCACGUCCACUCUCUACUCAGUGUCUUCCGUUAUGGGGGACUUCUUGAUGAGGCCCAGGAUGCCCAAUGGCAGCGAGCUCUGGCUUAUCUGAGCGCCAUCUCAGAACUCAACUACAUGACUCAGAUUGUUAUCAUGCUUUAUGAAGACAACACUCGGGAUCCCUUGUCAGAAGAGCGGUUCCACGUGGAGUUACACUUUAGCCCCGGAGUAAAAGGUGUUGAGGAAGAAGGCAGUGCCCCAACUGGCUGUGGCUUCCGUCCCGCCUCCUCCGAGAAUGAGGAAAUGAAAACAGACCAAGGUAGCAUAGAGAACUUAUGCUCAGGCAAAUCGUCAGAUGAACCAGACCGGGCACUACAGACUUCACCCCAGCCUCCUGAGGGCCCCGGCCUCCCGAGGAGAUCGCCCCUCAUUCGUAACCGCAAAGCCGGCUCCAUGGAGGUCAUGAACAUGCAGUGCACGGGGAACCUGGACCUCAUUCCCUUGCGGGCACGGCGCCGCCGGAGGUCAGGAGACCUCCCCCGGCCUUCCCCAGCCAUCGGCCUACAGCCCCGGGCUGUGUCCACCACUCACCUGGCAUCCUGCACACAGGUGCUUUCCGAGACUUCAUCCUCCAGGCCUGGUGGCUACCGGCUCUUCUCGUCUUCGCGGCCACCAACAGAAAUGAAGCAGAGUGGCCUAGGCUCACAGUGUACAGGGCUGUUCAGCACCACGGUGCUGGGUGGCUCCUCCAGCGCACCGAAUCUUCAGGACUACGCUCGCAGCCAUGGCAAAAAGCUACCGCCUGCCAGUUUGAAGCACCGAGAUGAGCUCUUGUUUGUCCCGGCCGUAAAACGAUUUUCUGUGUCGUUUGCAAAGCAUCCGACUAACGGAUUUGAAGGCUGCUCCAUGGUGCCAACCAUCUACCCACUGGAAACUCUGCAUAAUGCACUUUCCCUGCGUCAAGUGAGUGAGUUUUUGAGUAGAGUCUGCCAACGCCACACAGAUGCCCAGGCACAGGUGUCAGCAGCCCUGUUUGACUCCAUGCACAGCAACCAGGCCUCAGAUGGCCCAUUUUCACCACCCCGUGCUCUUCAUUCGCCUCCGCUACAGCUCCGGCAGCGCUCUGAGAAGCCCCCUUGGUACAGUAGUGGUCCUUCUAGCACAGUGUCCAGUGCUGGUCCUUCCUCUCCUACUACAGUGGAUGCCAACUCCCAGUUUGCCUUCAGUGAUCAACCCACCCUAAAUUCACAUGUGACUGAAGAAUGCCAAGGCCUUGGAAUGCUUCCCUCUGGAGCUGGAGCACAAGAGCUCCUCACAGAAGGGGAGCAAGAGCUUUCUGAUCCAAACCAGUCUCUGCAGCAGCCACCUGUUGACACCAGCCAGCCAUGCUCAGAAGUUGCUGAGAAAACCAGCCAGCCAUGCCCAGCAAUCCCUGCCAUCAGCCAGCCAUACCAGCAGGGAUGUGACAGUGUUAAGCAGCCAUGUCCUAUGACCAACCAGCUGUGUCAGAAAGUCUCUGAGGAAGUUUGCCAGCCUUGCCAGGAGAACCCUCAGAACGUCAGCCAUCUGUGCCCAGGGGUCCCUGUGGAGCUUGGCAAAAUGGCCCAUGGGUUCCCCAUGGAGGUUGGAGACCAGGUCCAAGAAACUUUUGUGGAGGUCAACAGGUCAAACCAGGAAAUCCCUGAGGAGUUUAAUCAGCCCUGCCAGGAGUUCUUUGUGGAGGUUAGCAGGCUGGCCCAGGAGGCUGCUGCAAUCAAUCUUUGGUCUCAGGAUAUCCCUGAGGUUGAUAAACCAUCUCGACAAUUCCCGGGAGAGGUCAAUCCCCAGGCCCAGGAGGCUCCUGACAAGGUUAAUCAGCAGUCCUGGGUGGUCCCUGAGGUCCCUGACCAGCUGCCUGGAGAAGAUGCUCCCCAGGCCCAUCCUACACCCACUGACCCCAACCCUCAGAGCCUGUCUUAAGCCCAUGAUCAGCAGUCACCAGCAAAAUACAAUCAAUCGUUUCCUCAUUAGUGGGAUCAUGCUUUACUAGCCAUUUGAGCCGGCAUCCUUUUCUGAUGGCUGGCUCACUGGCCAUUAGGAAGCGUUUGCUCUGCCCAGAAGUGUCUGAGAAAGCAGUCCUCUGGGCAUGAAGCAUACCCGUGUCAGCGUUGUGCUGCAAGAGAAGUCAACAUCACAUUCAAAGGAGCUAUUAGCUCCUCGCCUGAUGGUUGAACUGGAUAGGGUUUCCUUGGGUUGGGCUGCUCUGUCAUGCCACCUUCUCAAAGCAGCAAAGGAAAUCCAACAUGGUUGAAACCCACAUGGUUGAAAGGAAAUGCCACUUAACUGCUAAAGAGACACCAUUGUACAGAAGGCACAGCAAAUGCAGAAGAGGUGACUCCAGGGUCAUCACUUUUCACAACUUCUCAAAGCAUCCUCAGACCAUCUGUGCUUUUAGGGGGACUCUUGUCUUUGCUAGCACUCCUCAGGUGGGCCCAGGAUAGCUGUCUGAAAUGCCUGGAGAAUAGAGUCCCCUUUCCAAACACUUGUCAUGGCUACUAAUAUUUUGACUGGUUUUCUGGGUGUUUCAAUGUCAUCUCCCAAGCAUACCAACUGCCCUUGUCCUUUUUUUCUGGACAAUAGCUGUAAGGUAAAGUAGGUAUUAGAUUGCUGUGCAAAUUUCCAAGCAACUACUUAAAAUGCUCUAGGGGAUUCAUGGCCAAUCUGUGAAGCAGGACCUCCUUCUGUUGCAAGGCCAUUUGCAUUCAGAGAUAAUGUAGAGGAGAGAAAUCAGGUUCUAUUUUAAGUAAUCAGUAGAGAUCAAUACUGUACAGACAUGAGCAGAGAUUUAAUAUAUAUAGAAAGAGAGAGAAAUAUAUAUAUUUCUGUAGUUGUGCCAGGGACCGACUGGCCAAAGACCAAACACUCCAAGGCCCCCAUUAAGUAAGUUCAUCUUUACGUGAUGCAUCUUCAGGGUCAGAUGUGAUUAUGAAGCUUUUCCCAAAGAUCUGGGGAUGGGAAUGGGGGAGGGCAGGAGAAAUGAUGCCAUCAUUAGAGCUGAGGGGAUGGAACAUUAUGAGUGUUCAAUAAACAUAAAGUCAUGAGAAGUGGUGGUGGUAAUGUCCUUUUGAAUUUAUAACGAACUUGACUGUGAGUCUGUGGCAGUUAAUCAGCAUCAGCCACAAACCAUUAUGGUUGUUGUUAUGGUUUAGCUGGAAUGAACUUUAAAAUAUGUAGAGAUCAGGCAUCCCAGACAGCUAACCAUCCCCUUAAUGCUGAGAGUAUGGAGGUGAGGGUUAUGAAGCACCAGAGUACUCACUGAGACCUUGGAAUCACCAUCUUAAUU